GGGGGGCAGUGUGCGAGCGUACGCGAGUGUGUGAACUGAGCGGAGGUGAAGAAGAGGAGGAUGAAGCUGGGAGCGGAGGAUGGGAGGAAGAGUGGAGUAAGAGACAGGCUAGCUAUCAAGGGCUGUGUGUGCAUGCCUGCAAGUGUGAAUGCGUGAGUGGGUGAGGAAGACGAGGGAGAGAGAGGAAGGUCGCCGAAGGACCGAAACAAAGACGCAAUUUUGGACCCUGGGAAAGAUUGUAACGGAAACUUUAAACUUUUUACCCGCCAGAGCUCGGCUGUUGUGCACGGAGCCGGCUUUGUUUCGCGGCGGGGGUGUCUACAGUAAAUGAAGGGAUAAAAUAGCUCCAGAUCGACAUUUUUCCACGCAAGUGGGGAAACCCCCGGGACGGCGUUUGAUAAGGGUUACUAGAGAAUGGCGGCCAACAUGUACCGAGUGGGAGAUUACGUGUACUUUGAGAAUUCGUCCAGCAACCCCUACCUGAUUCGCAGAAUAGAAGAGCUCAACAAGACGGCCAAUGGAAACGUGGAGGCCAAGGUGGUGUGUCUCUUCAGGCGGAGAGACAUCUCGGGGAACCUCAACACACUGGCCGACAGCAACGCAAGAGACUUUGAGGAGGAGUCCAAACAGCCCUCCGUCUCGGAACAACAGAAGCACCAGCUCAAGCACAGGGAACUCUUCCUCUCCCGACAGUUUGAAUCCCUGCCUGCCACCCACAUACGGGGCAAAUGUAACGUCACCCUCCUGAAUGAAACAGACGUCCUGGCCGGCUACCUGGAGAAAGAGGACUGUUUCUUCUACUCCUUGGUGUUCGACCCGGUCCAGAAGACCCUCCUCGCGGACCAGGGGGAGAUCCGGGUGGGCUCCAAGUUCCAGGCCGAGAUCCCCGACAAGCUAGCAGAAAUUGAACUGGACACUCGUAUCCAGGACAAGCUCGAGACCAAGGUGUGGGACCCGGACAACCAGCUGAAGGACCCCCAGAUCGACCAGUUCCUGGUGGUGGCGAGAGCCGUGGGGACGUUUGCGCGCGCCCUGGACUGCAGCAGCUCCAUCCGCCAGCCCAGCCUCCAUAUGAGCGCUGCCGCAGCCUCCAGAGACAUCACCUUGUUCCACGCCAUGGACACGCUGCAGAAGAACGAGUACGACCUGGCCAGGUCCAUGUCCACCCUGGUGCCCCAGGGCGGACCCGUGCUCUGCCGCGACGAGAUGGAGGAGUGGAGCGCCUCGGAGGCCAUGCUGUUCGAGGAGGCGCUGGAGAAGUACGGCAAGGACUUCAACGACAUCCGCCAGGACUUUCUGCCCUGGAAGUCUCUGGCCAGCGUGGUCCAGUUCUACUACAUGUGGAAGACCACCGACCGCUACAUCCAACAGAAACGGCUCAAGGCAGCGGAGGCAGACAGCAAGUUAAAGCAGGUGUACAUCCCCACCUACACGAAACCAAACCCCAACCAGAUCAUGGCCCCUGGUAGCAAGCCCGGCAUGAACGGAGCUCCAGCCGGCUUCCAGAAAGGCCUGAGCUGCGAGAGCUGCCACACGGCCCAGUCCCCUCAGUGGUACGCCUGGGGACCCCCCAACAUGCAGUGCAGGCUGUGCGCCUCCUGCUGGAUCUACUGGAAGAAAUACGGAGGCCUGAAGACCCCCACACAGCUAGAGGGCGCCGCUAGAGCUGGCUCUGAGUCGGGAGGCCCGCGCGGUCACAUGACUCGCCAGGAGGCCCAGGGCCUGUCGCCGUUCACGCGCAACGAGGGGCGCGCCAAGCUGCUGGCCAAGAACCGCCAGACCUUCAUCCUGCAGACCACCAAGCUGACGCGCAUAGCCCGCCGGGUCUGCAUGGACAUCCUGCAGCCGCGCAGGGCUGCCCGCCGCCCCUACGCCUCCAUCAACGCCAACGCCGUCAAGGCCGAGUGUAUAAUCCGGCUGCCUAAAGCCACCAAGAACCCCCAGAAGAACAGGGUGAUCCCCCGGCAGUCCCUGGCCACCAUAGUGAAGGAUCUAGCCAUCACGGCCCCCCUGAAGCUGAAGGCCCCCCGCGGCCUCCCGCCGCCCAUCAACCGUAACCAGACCAGCCAGCCCCGUGGGGGGCCCGGCCUGCUGGGCAAGAGGCCCUUCGACAACGUCAGUAUCUCGCAGAUAACGCAGGCCGGAGGUGGUGGUGGUGGCGGCGGCGGCGGUGGCGGUGGCGUGCCGUUCCCCACCAACGGGAGGCCCUUCACGUCCGGCCUGAGGACCACCUCCCAGUCGGUCAUCAAGCGGCAGAAGGUGAACCAGGGCGACGCGCCCAACCCCGUGGUGUUCGUGGCCACCAAGGACACCAGGGCCCUGAGGAAACACCUGACCCAGUCGGAGAUGCGGCGGGCAGCCCGGAAGCCCCACUUGCCGGUCCGCAUCAAGCUGCCCCCCCCUCCGCCGCCGCCCCGCGCCCCGCCCAUGCCCCUCCUCCCCUCCAGCACCAGCGAGCCCAUCAUCCUGGAGGACUGAGGCGCUGGGCGUUGCCCAGGAGCCAAGAAGGAUUUCCCACCGGGAUUGGGGAGGGGUGGGUGGGGGGGUGGGGGGGGGAAGGGGUGGGUCUUAACACUCGGGCGAAUCACGUACAGGGCAGCGCCGCUCGCCUCGUACCAGUAGUGGUCCGAUUCUUUCUCUCUCUCUUGUUCCAAUUUUUUUUUUGUCUCUUCUUUGAUCGUCAAAUGCUUCCCAGAGAGCGCACACACACACACAUACAUCCACACACACACACACACUCACGCAUACUGACAUACUCGCACACACACGCUACUUCGGAGACUGUACGUUUUAUUCGUACCAAGCAAAAUGGUAAACACGCGUGUAGAAAAUCUGUGGCCAACAUGUCCUACCACCACUCUUUGGGUCGAACAGUUUCCUCUCUCACGUCAGUCUCUUUUUUUAAAGGAUAUUUUUAAAUGUGUAAUUUAAAAUCAAGAUGCGCGUCAUCCUGGAACUGUGGUGAUCAAGCACACGUUAUUUUCCCCCGCCCUCCCUGCCCCCCCGUCCCUCCCCAGGUCUAUCUCUGUAAAUACUAGCGACACUUCGCAGGCUGACACCUUUUUGGGGGCGUGACGCUUGGAUGAAGGAUACGAGGGGAGGGGGGGGAGGGGGAGAACUCGAAGCAUGUUUCUCCACAAAGCAACCGGGUUUUAUUUUUUUUAUUUGUAAAACUGGAUUUCCACCUCUCCCCCGCUGACACGGAAAACGGCGGAAAAAUUCGGAAGGGUUUUGCCAAGUCUGAAGCAGGCACGCACACACGCGCGCGCGUGUGUGUGUGUGUGUGUGUGGGGGGGGGGGGGGGGGUGUUGCCGCGUGCGAUCGCUCCCCGAUGGUGUGUCUUUGUCUUGGAUUUUAAUGGCCUGCCUGUGCCUGGCCCCGCCCCACCGAACUCCAGAUCCCGGCCCACACCACGUGUCUGGCGUCAUGCCUGAUAAGGAACAGCAGGAGCUGGGACAGAUCAAGAUGGGACUGAUCAAGAACGCCAUGCUUGCAUGUAAAGACCCCCCUCCCCCGAGUGUGGUGUGGGCCACCACAGACUCAACAUCCCUCAACAACAACAACCACCCCCUGUUGGUGUCCCUGUGAUGUCGGUCGUGCUCUUGUUUGCUUGUUUGUCAACUUGUUGUUGCAAUCCAGCAAAUUUUCUGUCUAUGUCCCACUCGAUUGUUAGAUUUGCCACGCUUUUUUUCUCUUUUUUUUGUUUUCUACAGCCGUUUUUAAACCCUUUUAGGUCACAUUUGUGGGCUUACGUCAGAGAUGGUUUGAAGGGGUUUUUGUUCCUUGGCACCGAUGGUGUAAAAUGACGUACUAAUCACAUGAUGCAGUAGAACAUUUGAAUGGGUGAGACAGACGAGAGGAAAGGAGAGGUGAGCAUUAUUAUGGCUAUGUGACUGAUAUUUAAAAUGAACGUUUGGCUUUUCGGGUUUGUUUUGUUUGGAUGAUGUCCGCCCAGAGUCUAAAUUGUGUUCUUAAAGAAAAAGAAAAAAAAAAAGUUGUAAACCUCACUUCAAAGGCGACCCCCUGUUGGUUCUCCUGUCGAUGUCCAGCUCUAUGGUGACUUCCAUCCAUACACACAAAAAGUUGACUUUACAGUCUUGUGCUAAACUACAGCAUCAUGUUACUGAUUUAUUUUUUUUUUUAGAAGGAUAUGAUAAUAAAGCAGCAAUAUAUAAGAUUAGGUUCACAAGUCAUGCUUUUAAACUGUGAGUAUGGUGAUGUGAAAGGUACAACUCGGUGUGAGUUGAUUUUGCCGUUUUUUUUGUACCCCUCCCCCCCUCCCCCCCUUUCUCUUAAGUUAAGGGGGCGAGUACAUGGAAGUGUUAAUUGGAUAAUUAUAAUUCCUCUGUAGUUCUAAAACUGUGAAUUAUCACAGCAGGAAAAGGGCUACAUGAUGGAUUUAUAAGCAAGUUUGGUCCCAAUGUGGGCUUUUCUAAUGUUUCUUAAGAAAAUACAUUAGUAAAUUCGUUGCAAAUAUUAAUCUGAAAGAAGACAUAAUGGAAAUUCCAGUGUUUUUUUUAUUUUAAAUAUAAAUUCUAAAGUGAUUCCUGCUCCAUUAAUUAUUAUGGAGGGGUCCUGAAAUGAUGUAUAUGUGAAACAAGCUUCUCAUUCAUAGGGUGGGUUUGGAAUGGGGUUGGGGCGUGAUUUGAUCCAUGGACAGAAUUCAAAGGGAGAGGGGGUAGAAUUUUCUAAGAUGGCGAGAGAAACAUGCUACAAUUGAAAAAUAUUUCUUAAGUGUUUUUUAUUCCGAUGUCUGUAUCCCUUAAUGUAUCUUGAUAAGAAAAGAAAUAAAGUUUUUUUUUUCUUCGUGGUCGCA